CGAUGCCUGUCUGGGCUCGGAACUCGAUUGAUCCGGCGGCGGACGAGGAAAAUGGCGGACAAAACAGUGCGGAGCUCGGAGAGACGCGGUGUGUGCAGCGGCUGUGAGGUGCAAGUGAUGCAUUGCUGAGCUUUCCGAUUGCAAACUUAUAUGAGCUUGUAUGUUAUAAAAAGUGUGUUUCUGAUUAAUUAACUAAACUAGAGCGCUGACAAAAUGACUGCCCCAAAAAGGACUCUCAGUAAAAAGGAGCAGGAGGAAAUUAAAAAGAAGGAAGAUGAAAAGGCAGCUGCUGAAAUAUAUGAGGAAUUUUUGGCCUCCUUUGAGGGUGCUGACUCCAGUAAAGUAAAAGCGUUUGUUAGAGGUGGCAUCGUAAAUGCGACAAGAGAAGAACGAUUGGAGGAACAGAAAGGAAAAUUGUAUAAACCUUCCACACGGGUUCCAGAGGUAAAGAGUUUAGUACCAGAGAAAUCAUCUUCACCAUCUUUCACAUCAGACCCCAAGAAGCCUCCUUUAAAGAAGGGUGAAAAGGAGAAGAAAAAAAGUAACUUGGAGUUAUUCAAAGAGGAAUUAAAACAAAUUCAAGAAGAACGUGAUGAACGGCAGAAAACAAAAGUGGGUAAGGAUGCUCCUUUCAGGCCUAGUCGAUUUGAGCCUCUGCCAUCGGAAGAGUCGACGCAAAAUCGCCGCUCUUCUGAAUCUUCGAGGAGAAACAGGCAAACUAAUGCACUUGAGGAAUUUACUCCUGGUUCUCAUGAUGCAGGCGAUCCAACUACUACCAAUUUAUAUAUUGGUAACAUUAAUCCGAAGAUGAAUGAAGAAAUGCUGUGUCAAGAGUUUGGACGCUUUGGUCCCUUGGCUAGUGUUAAAAUUAUGUGGCCCAGAACAGAAGAAGAAAGAGCCAGAGAGAGAAAUUGCGGAUUUGUAGCUUAUAUGAACAGGAGAGAUGCUGAACGAGCUUUGAAAAAUCUGAAUGGGAAGAUCAUUAUGGAAUUUGAAAUGAAGCUGGGUUGGGGUAAGGCUGUGCCUAUUCCUCCUCACCCAAUUUAUAUUCCACCUGCUAUGAGGGAGUUGACUCUACCACCACCCCCCUCUGGAUUACCUUUCAAUGCCCAACCACGGGAGAGGCUAAAGAAUCCUACAACUCCAGUGAUGCCACCGAAAAAUCAAGAUGAUUUUGAAAAGACUCUGUCGCACGCCAUAGUCAAAGUGGUUAUCCCAACAGAAAGGAAUUUAUUGUGUGUUAUUCAUCGGAUGAUCGAAUUUGUGGUGCGUGAAGGACCAAUGUUCGAAGCCAUGAUUAUGAACAGAGAAAUUAGCAACCCCAUGUUCAGAUUCCUUUUUGAAAAUCAAAGCCCAGCCCAUGUCUAUUACAGAUGGAAAUUGUAUUCAAUACUGCAGGGUGAUUCACCAACCAAGUGGCGAACUCUGGAUUUCCGUAUGUUCAAGAAUGGGUCGUUUUGGCGACCGCCACCUUUGAACCCAUACUUACAAGAAAUAUUAGAAGAAACCGAAUCGCGUGCUGAGGAGAAUGUGAAAAAGGGGCAGUUGAAGGAAGAUCAGAGGGAUAAAUUGGAGGAACUCUUGCGGGGACUGACUCCACGUAAAAAUGACAUUGGUGAUGCUAUGGUGUUUUGCCUGAAUCAUGCUGAGGCUGCUGAAGAAAUUGUGGAAUGUAUUGCAGAAUCUUUGUCCAUAUUGAAGACUCCGUUACCUAAAAAGAUUGCCAGACUUUAUUUGGUGUCAGAUGUAUUGUACAAUUCUUCCGCAAAAGUUGCAAAUGCCUCGUACUACAGAAAGUUUUUUGAAUCUAAGUUGUGCCAGAUAUUUGCAAAUCUUAAUGCAACCUACAAGUCAAUACAAGGUCACUUGCAGUCUGAAAAUUUUAAGCAAAGAGUGAUGGGUUGCUUUAGAGCAUGGGAAGAUUGGACAGUUUACCCUGACCCAUUCCUCAUUAAACUCCAAAAUAUCUUUCUUGGACUUGUAGAUCUUGAGGAAGAAAAUAAAGAAGUCUGCAAACCUCAGAAUAUCUACCUUGGACUUGUGGAUGUUGAAGAAAUGAAAGAAGUUUCUAAACGACAGCCAGAGUCUGAAGAACUAGAUGGAGUACCUGUUGAGGAUGAACUUGAUGGCGCCCCAUUGGAGGAUGUAGAUGGAGUUCCAAUUGAUCUAGGCUCUGGUCUAGAUGAUCUUGACGGUGUUCCUAUGAAGAUGCUAGAUGAUGACCUUGACGGUGUUCCCAUUGAUGGCCCUGAAGACCCCAAGAAGUUUCAGUCAGUAUUUAAAGUUGCUCCAUCAAAAUGGGAAGCAGUAGAUGAAGCAGCAUUAGAAUCACAAGCUGUUACAACUUCAAAAUGGGAGCUCUUUGACCAACCGACUGAAUCAGAAGAGGAUGAACAGCCAGUAGACAGUACAUUAAAGGGAAGUGAUGAUGAAGAAGGUGAUGAUGAUAUUGAUGAUCAAAUACGGCCAGAGGAACUGCUUUAUUUUUCUAACCCGGUUAAAGAAGAAUCAGUGGAAUCUAAACCAGUUCUCAAGUAUUCAGAAAUGACUGAAGAAAAGCGAGCAAAGCUUCGAGAAAUAGAGCUUAAAGUAAUGAAGUUCCAAGAUGAGUUGGAAUCUGGGAAGAGGUUAAAAAAGGCAGGUCAGACCAUGCAAGAACAAGUGGAACAUUAUAGAGACAAACUACUUCAGAGGGAGAAGGAGAAAGAACUGGAAAGAGAACGUGACAAAAAGGACAAAGAGAAAGAAGUGAUUAAAUCAGAGUACCGUAUAAAAGAAUGUAAAGAAAAAGAAAGUUCCUCCUCCCCUUCAAGCAAAGAAAGAAAAAGGAAACACAGUACAUCUGUCAGUCCGACUCGCAUUGCCAGGCGUGUGAAGUCGCCAUCACCGCGUUCAGAAUGGUCAGAAAGAUCACGUACCAAAGACAGUCCCCACACCAGGUCAACACACAAAAACACACCUAGGGAUACAAAUAAGAAGUCCAAAAGAUCUCGUUCUGGUUCAAGGACGCCGAAACGGUCCAAAAGAUCUCGAUCUAGGACACCCAGAAAAUCUUCCAAAAAAUCAAGAUCUCAGUCCAGAUCCCCACAUCGAUCUCACAAGAAAUCCAAGAAGAGCAAACACUAGUGAACUGUCCAUAACUUUUUUCUGUAAUUUUAGUUUUGUCCUGUGCCUGAACAAACUGUUGAGGAAUAUCAUUCCUGGCUUUUUUUUUGAAUGCACAUAUAUUCAUUAUGAAUAUUCAACUCCAGUCAAUCUGUGUGCUUUUUUGUAUAUGAAAAAGAAAUUGACUUCUCUAGUGCUAUGGCUUCAUCAUCCCUGAAACUCCCUGUUUGUAGAUUGUGUAAAAACAAAUCCCCCUUUUAUGUUAGAUUUUUCAUGAGGAUCCUUGUAUGUCUCUUCCACCAGCAGUAGCAGUGUUGUAUUUGCGGAGGUGUAUGAGGAAGCCUGAAGCAGAGUGUUAUCCUUUUGUAAUUUUUAACAUUCAAUGAGAGUUGAAUAAAAAUCAGUACAGAAAGUUACAUAAUUUCUUGUUUUAUAAUAAAGUAAAUGCAAUAAUGUUUGAAUAACUCAACUGUGGAUAUUUUGAAGCUCAGUUUGCCUCACUACUCCAUAAUGUAGAGUAUAUUUACAUCAGUGGGGCAUCUAGCCUGGAACAGGUUAUCUUGUUUUCUCAUCUACGCUACAUUUUAAAAUUGCAUACAAAUCUGCAAUCUUGUGUGGCUUAAUGGACACAGUAAAUGUUAUAGAGCUGCAUCUUGGCUAAAGUAGCCAACUUAUCUCAACUGAAUGUUUAGUCUGCAAAUUUGAGCUCCAAAUCCUUGUAAACUAAAUUGGCUAAUAUCUGUUUCCUUUUUAAACAAGGCACCUAUAGUCAGAACAACCUGGCUAGAAAUGAGUGAUGAGACGUCCAAUGGUUAGAAAGUCCAGGAUUUACCCAGAAUUCUCGAAGAACUGGAUCACAUGACAGGAAGUGAAUAGCAAAGCUGCUUCCGAAACAUUUGGCACAAGCACCAUUUCAAGCAUCUGGUGCCAUUCUAAGAUGCUAGCCAUUGCUAAGCCAAGGAAGCCACUCAACUUGUGUGUAACUACACCUGUCCCUGUAACAUGCAAGUCCUGUAAUGUCAUAGGAAGCAGUCCAGCUUUGUCUUGUCCUGAACUUGUGACACAUUGUGAUGGGCAAGCGUACUGCCGAAACUCUUCAUUAGCAUUUGCUGUGUGGAAACCCGAUGUCUAUGUCAACUCUACAAUCAGUAACUUGACAGGACUGUGCAGUAUUGCUCAUAGCAUCUCCAACAACUGACUCCCAGAGAUCAGUGGUUGUACUGGAUAUGUUCAAUAUGAUAGAUCUCUCGAAAGUUACAGCUCUUCACAUAUGCUAACUAUCCUGGGAAGCCACAGUCCAGCAAAGAAGUUCAGGAUGUUGGGAAAACACUCAUUGAAGAUCUAUGUUCUCUGGAAUUCUAGUUCAGAAAAUGGAGACUUCAACCAAACACUGCCAAGACUGUAAUUUCAGUCUUCCACCUGAACAGUUCAAAUGCCAGGGAAGAACAUUGAGGCCAACCGUGCAGUCGUGAUUGAAUGCCAAAAUAUGUUGGUGUCACUGAUGUUGACCCACCAGCAAUACAUCCAGUACACCAGAGUCAACAUGAAAAUGUAUUUCUUCUGGAAAUUGGCAGGUACCGUCUGGAACAGCAGAGCCAACACAUUACACAGUUUCACUCACCAUGUCUACCCAACAGCAGAGUACUGCUGUUCACUUUGGUUUCAGGAACUGUCACACAAAUACGUGUAGAUAGAACAUUGAGACGAAGCACUGCUCUAGUGGCCUCCUGUGCUAGCGCAUAUUGAAUUGCCUGAUGCCUAUCCACCUCAAAAUUCACCAUCAAUUGGCAUUUAAUGAAACAUUUCAAUUGAUACAGGACCUGGAGAAAAUAACCCAUGCACUUAUCUGAAAUCUCUCAAUCCUUGCUGAAACUUAUUCCACAUUCCACAAGUAUAAUGUCAGCCCCACCUGGUAGCACGGCAAGCUUCAACAAUCUGUAGAAAAACUUUGCAACCUUCAGCUGCUUGAGAGCUGGCUAUUGGCUCGACAACUGGCUCAAGGUGUGACUGUGUGCACAAGUCAAGCCAUCAUCCAAGUGUUGAACAUCUGUAUCAAGAAACCCCAUUCUUGAUGGCAUCCCAACCACUCAGACUAUCAACUGAAGCUGCUGACUAGGUUGUUAAACGUUGACAUUGAGCUAUUAAAAGCUUCCCAACUGCAUGGAGAAAGAAGAGGUGUUGCAGGAGGAAUAAAUACGCUGCUGAUGUUUUUUGAGCAGUAUUGCAAAAGACCCCAAAUCUUUAAUGUGUAAAGGAAAAAAACAGCUACUCAAAGUCUGAGGCAGCU